GCAGUUGACAAAUAUGUGGAUCUUCGGGUAUGGUUCACUGAUAUGGAAAGUUGAUUUUCCUUAUGAGCAAAAAGUGAUUGGGUACAUUAAAGGUUUUCGCAGACGAUUUUGGCAAGCCAGUGAAGAUCAUCGAGGCGUGCCAGGAAAUCCUGGCCGAGUGGUUGUAUUGGUGAAGUCAGAGGAUCGUGAGGAAAAAGUAUGGGGGGUUGCAUACAGGAUACAUGCUGAUAACAUAGAUCCAGUGAGAAAGCACCUGGACUUCAGGGAGAAAGGAGGUUAUACAGCCACACCAGUGGUGUUCCAUCCUCUAGAGCCCACUAUGGAGCCAAAGGAACUAUUAGUAUUCAUGGGUGAAGCAGAUAACCCUUUCUACAUCGGUCCAGAACCUAUUAGUGAGACUGCAAAAAUUAUAUCAGUAAGCGAAGGACCAAGUGGAAAAAACACAGAAUAUUUGUUUGAACUAGCUAAGGCAUUUAGAAAAAUAAUGGCUGGAAUAGAGGAUUCAUACUUGUUCGAACUCGAAAAAGAAGUACAGAGAUUAUGUAAUGAUCAUUAAUGACAAAUGUUUCAUAGCACUACAUAGAAACUAAUGAAAUAAUAUACAGAGGCACCCCUCCUCCACGAGUUAAAUUUUUUUAAAAAUUAUUAAAAUAGUUCCCUGAGUUUGUGCACAUUUUAGUAUGUCUGUACAUUCAACAAAAGAAGACCACAGUACUCACUAUGUUAUGGUAAAGUAGUAUAUAAUAGGUCCCAUAUUAGACAAUAGGUUUCUGAAGUUAUAUAGAUCUGAACAUAAAAAUAAAGUAAACAAACUGCAAAAUAAAGUAUUCUAUCUUAUCUUGAAAGUCACACAACUAGCCAGUCUAGACAGAUUUUGUCUUUGACAAUUGUAACUUGGGUGUUUAUUACCAUGUACAUCUUUAACAGUAAAUGUGAUGAAUAAAUGACAUGAAACAGCAUUUUGAUAUUUUUUAUUUUUAUUCAAUUUAUAGUAUAUAAAUACACACAAACACACAUUUGAAGUCCAAAUGAAGCUAAAUUAAUGAUUAAACAUGAUGAAUAAAUGAUGGACAUUUAUUAAAUACCUUAUACAAUGUAAAAUAAAGAAAUGUAAUUGAAUUACCAUAUACGCUGGAUUAUUAUUUAUAGACUACCUCUGCUAUAACAAUUAUUAAUAAUAAUUAAUGUGACUUAUGUAAGUCAUAGUUUAUUUUUGAAAGCCAUGAACUAUAGCCUGAGAAGUUGAAAAUGGAUGUGGAGGCAUAUAGAGUAACACAGUAUAACAGUUUUGACAUUCAUCAAUGAUAAUAAUCCAUGCAUUAAUAUAACUUAUGGUAUCCUACUCUGAAAAAACUAGUGGCAUAAAUACCGACAAAUUUCUCUGGACCACUGAUAGCAUUCAAUAAAGAUGGUGUCAUUGAAAAGACUAGAAUAAAAA